CCGCCGGCGAAGGGCCGGACGUGCUGGGGUGGUCGCGUUGGCAGCCGGGGAUCUUCGAAGGCUCCGGGAGCCCUGGGAAGCCCCGGAGAGGCGCGGGCGGAUGGCGCAAGGAUGGGCCGGCUUCUCCGAAGAGGAGCUGCGGAGGUUGCGGCAGAACAAAGAUCCAUUUGAGCCAGCUGAUCGACCGAAGCGUCACCCUGUGAACAAAAGUCGACAACAACUACAGCGGGAAAAGGUUCUUCAGCAACAAAGCCAAAAGCUUAGACUUCAGGAUGGUACAUCAGUUCUUCCAGAGCAGUUGCUUUCUGCACCAAAACAGAAAUCUGACCCAUCUCCUGCUCUCUUCACCUCCCCUGGUAAUAAUGAAAAGCAUCAGAGCAUUGGAAAUCAACAGAAAAAAGCAGGACUUGAGAAUUUCUAUAAUGACGAUAAAAAAGACGAGACUAUUACUCCAAAACCAAACUGUAAAUUGGAAAAAAAGAAAGUGGAAUUGCAAGAAAAAUCUCAUUGGGAAAUCCUCCAAGAAGAGCAACGACUCAUGGAAGAGAAAAAUAAACGAAAAAAAGCAUUUUUGGCCAAAGCUAUUGCAGAAAGAUCCAAGAGGACUCAGGCAGAAACCAUAAAACUCCAGCGGAUUCAGAAGGAGCUACAGGCUUUAGAUGACAUGGUGUCAGCUGAUAUUGGAAUAUUAAGGAAUCGAAUUGAUCAGGCAAGCUUGGAUUAUUCCUAUGCUCGGAAACGAUUUGACAAGGCAGAAGCUGAGUAUGUGGCUGCAAAGCUGGACCUCCAGCGGAAGACAGAGAUCAAAGAGCACCUCACUGAACACCUCUGCACCAUCAUUCAGCAGAACGAGCUCCGCAAGGCCCGCAAGCUGGAGGCGCUGAUGCAGCAGCUGGAAGUGGAAGCUGAUGAGGAGAGUCUGGAGCUGGAGAUCGAGGUGGAGAAGCUGCUGCAGCAGCAAGAAGAAGAAGGGAGAAGGCAGGCCAUCCUUGCAGAGGAGGCGCGGAAGCCAUCUAGGAAUGGUGUCUCUCUAGGAGUGGCGGACGAGGGAAACCAGACUGCAGAAGCAGCUGUUGGGCCACGGGUGGAGGGCCAGGACACAAAGGCAGAAUCCAGGGCCUGUUCAGACUCAGGCAGAACAGAGCAGGAAGGGAGAGCUGCUGUAGACACACUCCCCAUCAGUCAGGCCUCCUGAAGGGCCCCAGGUCGUGUCCUGACUCCCUGGAAUUCCUAGUAAAAACCCACAUAAAGCCAGGCUGGUAUAAUUUUGAGUCCACUUGUGAAGUGCCAAGUAAUACUAAUUGCAUUUUUAUUGUGAAGCAUGAAUGUAUUUAGUCGUGUCCUUCAUCUGGGCCAUAUGCUUGGGCCUGAAUUUAGUCAUCUUCAGUCCACUUUGUGCUACUGCUGCUGCCCACAAGAGACCAUGCAGUGGAGCAGCUUAUCUGCUUGGCUCAGUUUCCCCAGGGACCAUGUUUUCUCACCUUCAUCCAGGCCAUUUUCUGCAGGUGCUCACCCUCCCCCAGUCCACCUGGUUUUUACCUCUUUGUCAGAGAAUUUAAUUAAAGCACUACAUUAGUAUAUCUGAGGUGUAUUACUGAGAUGCUCUAUUGUUCCCCUGACUCUCUUUGUGACUUUCCUGAGCAUAACCAGCUUCCCAGGCCACCACUUCCCAAUACAUGUUAUUUCCCACAUUAAAAUAUAAGCUCUUUGAACCUUUCACUAGAAUGUUUGGCAGUAUAGUAAGUGCUUUUCAUUCAUUCAUCAUUCAUUUACUUCACCAUCCUAAAAAGCUGAUUUGAAGAAUGCAAGAAAAUAAGCUAUGUUGCUAGAAUUUUAACUUUUCUGAUCUUAAAAUUUUCAGUGUAGUACCUUACCUGAACUGUAUUAAAUUUUGCUGGGAAAAUUUGGUGGUAGUUCUUCAUUGACAUAGGGCUUUUAUUUGUUUGGGAGGGAGUGAUAUGUUAAGAAAGCAUCUGUUUCUCUUUUUUACCAUUGUGUUCCCUUUUCUAAAUAGGCUCAUUGUUGAAUGCCUCAUAUGGAUUACAGCAAAUUUUUUAAACGCUCCUUAAGAGGUGCAUAUUUGAGUUAUUAUACUGUUGACUUACAUUCAUUUUAUAAAUCACAAUGGAUACAUCACAUGAGUUUAGAGCAUUGGAUUGUUACCCCAUAAAGUUAUUUGAAGACUUUGAGGAAAAGUACUGUAUACAAAGCAGUAGGUUUCUCCUGUUAAUGUUAACAUUGUUUCAGUUGUGCAAAUUCAGAAAUUCACUUAACUCUCUUAUCAUAAGAAUGAAAAUGUCAUUUAAUAAGAUGUAUCAGGGAAUAACUCAGUACAUUAUUGCUGUUUAUGAUUAAAAAAUCUUGUUACUUUUUUUCUUAAUUUGCUUUGUGUGUUGGGAGUAAAUUAACUUACAUGAUAAAACAAAAUUUUAAAUUCUAUAGCUAAUAUUGAUUUGCUAUUACUUUAAUAAUUUUUCCAUUACUUACUGCUAAUUUGUUUGGCCAAUAUGUUUUUACUUUGUAUAACUUUCAUGUAAAUAAAUGCUACGGUCUCAUCAGAAUACCUAAACUAGGGUUUGGAUUUAAUUAUGAUCUAUAUGUCACAUACCCUAAGAAGUGUAAAGAUUUCUAAACAAGUCAUUUCAAAUGGGGAAAGAAAAUGUGCAAUAUUAAUAACUUCUCAGAAAAACAGGAAUAUUUUAUUUAAUGUAUGAACUUAUGGAUUGAAGUGUCACUUUACUAUCACUUUCUACUCCUGUGUAUGGAACUAUAUGUUGGUAUAUUAUUCAGUGUGAUUGAGAAAACCAGUAUUGUUACUGUCAAUCUUCAAAAUCUCAAACAUCUUAGUAAAAGUUGCAUUUAAGUUUAUGAAUUGUAUACAUAAAAUUGAAAUCUUCAGUGUCCAAGUUAAUCAUAUUUUUCUAAGAAAUAAACAGAUCAGAUGAAUUUAUUCCAUUA